CUCCAAGCAACAUAAAGUACAUAAAGUGACUAGGAUAAAUGAACAUCUCGCAUUACUCUCAAAUCAGACGUUGAGCUCUACAGACUACACUAGGCAUGUUUGUCCUAUAGUCUAUAGAUAUAAAGUACUCCCUUGGCUUAUCUUAGAAAUAUUGGAUUCUCGUCAGUGUAUUUUCUUUAUGGCACAAAGUUCAUAAUUAGCAAAUUCCAACAUACAAUAUGGCCUCUAUCCUUCAUGUCAUUCCUACCCCACAAUCUCCAGCAUCACCCAAAACCAAAACUCUUGGUACGCUCUUAAGGGGCUUAGCAUCAUGCUCAACAAUGUCUGAACUCAAGCAAUUCCACGCCCAAAUUAUCAAACUAGGCCUGUCGUGUGACAAUGACGCAAUGGGUCGAGUCAUUAAGUUCUGUGCAACUCUUGAAUCAGGUGAUUUAAACUACGCCCUCCAAGUGUUCGAUAAAUUGCCUAACCCAGACACUUUCAUCUACAACACUAUCAUUCGAGGUUACUUGCAGUCUCAACUGCUGAAAGAAUCUGUUCUUUUUUACUCCCAAAUGUUAGAGUGUUCAGUUAGCCCCAAUAAUUUCACGCUCCCUCUUGUUAUCAGAGCAUGUUGUAUGGACAAUGCUGUGGAAGAAGGAAAGCAAAUUCAUGGUCAUGUGAUAAAAUUUGGUUUUGGGUUCGAUAAGUUUUCUCAGAACAAUUUGAUUCAUAUGUAUGUAAAUUUUCAUUUCUUGGAGGAAGCUAAGAGGGUGUUGGAUAAUAUGUAUGAGAAAGAUGAUGUUUCUUGGACCACAUUGAUUAGUGGGUUUGCUCAAUUGGGGUAUCUUGCUGAAGCUUUUCGAGUGUUUGAUUCAAUUUCGGAGAAAAGUUCUGUUUGUUGGAAUGCUAUGAUAUCAGCUUAUGUGCACAACAACCAGUUUCACCAGGCAUUUGCUUUGUUUGAAAGAAUGAUGUCUGAGGAUGUUGUCAUUGAUAAAUUUAUUGCUGCAAGCAUGUUAUCGGCUUGUACACGACUCGGAGCGUUGAAGCAAGGUGAGUGGAUAGUUGAACAGGUCGAGAAGAGUAGGAUUGAUUUGGACUCCAAGCUGGCUACUACUAUUAUUGAUAUGUAUUGCAAAUGUGGUUGCUUGGAUAAGGCUCUUCAGUUCUUUAAAGGGUUGCGAAGAAAAGGAAUUUCUUCAUGGAAUUGUAUGAUUGGAGGGUUGGCAAUGCACGGGAAAGGUGAGGCUGCAAUUGAGCUUUUGAAGGAAAUGGAGAGUGAAAGGGUAGCUCCAGAUUAUAUCACGUUCGUGAAUUUACUUAGUGCUUGUGCUCACUCAGGAUUGAUUGAAGAAGGAAAACACUAUUUUCAUUAUAUGAAAGAAGCGUAUGGCAUUGAACCUGGCAUGGAGCACUACGGUUGCUUAGUUGAUUUGCUUGGAAGAGCUGGAUUACUGGAAGAAGCAAGAAAUAUCGUAAAAGAAAUGCCUAUGAAUGCCGAUGUAGGUGUAUUGGGUGCUCUUCUUGGUGCAUGUAGGAUUCACAAGAACAUAGAGCUGGGGGAGAUAAUAGGGAAGCAGGUGAUUGAACUGGAACCCCAAAACAGUGGCCGAUAUGUGUUGUUAGCUAAUUUAUAUGCUUACGCUGGUAGAUGGGAAGAUGUUGCCAAUAUAAGGAAGUUGAUGAAUGACAGGGGAGUGAAAAAGGCCCCUGGCUUCUCUGUGGUUGAAUUGGAAGGCGUUGUUAGCGAGUUCACUGCAGGAGGAAGGACUCAUCCUCAAGCCAAAGAGAUAUAUGCCAAAGUAAAUGAAAUGUUGGAUUGCAUUAAAUCUGCAGGCUAUGUCCCAGAUUCUGAUGGACUACAACAGGAUAUUGAUGAGGAGGAAAGAGAAAAUCCUUUGUAUUAUCAUAGUGAGAAAUUGGCUAUUGCUUUUGGGUUGUUGAAGACUAAACCUGGGGCAGUUCUUCGCAUCACAAAGAAUUUGCGUGUCUGCAAAGAUUGUCAUCAGGCAAGCAAGUUAAUCUCAAAGGUUUAUGAUCGUGAAAUUAUCGUCAGAGAUAGGAACAGGUUUCAUCAUUUUAAAGAUGGAGAAUGUUCUUGUAAAGAUUACUGGUAAAAAGAUGGUGGAAAUUGAUGCAACGAUCAAGAGAACCUUGUUCGAAUGUGAGAACCCUGCUGAGCUUGUCAAAUGUGAGCAGUUGUCUUCGUUGAGAAUAAAACACAGAAGAUGCAAAUAUAGAGCUCUCAAUUUGGUGCAGAACAGAAGUAUGAGUUUGUAUAAGUGUUAUGAUACUUCAAAACAUCCAGGCAAUAUAGUUGCAACCAAUUGGUCAACAGAAGAUCUCUUCGUACAGCAGCCAGAAGCAUUAAAAUGGACGACGAAAUGAAUGCUACAGGAAGAGGAAAAAACAACCAAACAUUGUAUAACUUAUCCUAGCUUCUAUGUGGAUAUUAUUUUUUUCCCCUUCUUUUAACCAAACAAUGUAUAAAGUAAUCCUAAUUUUAAUACAUGGAUAACUCCUCUCUAA